AUGAAAUCUCAAAGUCUCUUGGUUAUCGUAUUUUUCUUGACAAUUUUUUAUUCUAUGACCUUGGUCAAUAGUAUGCCAGCAAAAAAAGACGAAAAUGAUAUGGAGGUCACUCGAUACGGAAAAAAUCUCCCACCGUUUCACGGCGGUCAAGAUAACAGUUAA